CAACACAGUAACGUAUUAAAUUGAAUCAUUAAAAGCGUCAACGAUGAAGUCAGUAAUUCUCACCAUAACCGUUCUUUUGGGAUUGUUAUUUGUUCCAGUCAUUGAAAUGAAAAGCAAAAGAUGUCACAAGAGACCAACUGUUGUUGAAUGUCCAGACCCAUUACCCUGUGGCAAGAACUCGAACAUGACUGUUUCCACGAAGGAUAAAUUUGUUGGUGACACGGGAAUAUUGAACUGUUCAGCUGGUUCUUUAUUUGGGAAUGCCAGUAUAACUUGUUUAGAGUCUGGCCAAUGGAGUCCGAUAAGAGCUAUAUGUGUUCCAGAUGAUCUUUUUACUUCUGUACAUGAUUUCAGGGGUUCGAAAUACACAUUUGUUUUUACUAGAAAGACUAUUGUAGAGGCAAAGGAGUAUUGCCUUUCUAUGUGUGGGACUCUGGUGGAAAUUAACAACAAAGAAGAAAACCAGUUCAUUUAUUCAGUUCUUCAAAAACGUGGUUAG